GUUGUGAAUUGUCUCUGGAAAGAUGGCGGUUAGCAUCCGAGCUCGUCCUAUCCGAAGUAUACGGAUGCGAGGUCGGAAUGACAGUGGGGAGGAAAAUGUACCACUCGAUCUCACAAGAGACCCUAAAGACAACUUGCGCGAGAUCCUUCAAAAUGUGGCCAAACAGCAGGGUGUCUCCAACAUGCGUAAACUGGGUCACCUGAAUAACUUCAUUAAGCUACUUUGCAAUGUUGGCCAUUCAGAGCAAAGGUUUGGCUUUACCUAUGAUGAAAUUAUCAUUUGCCUCCGUUUGGCUCUGCUUAAUGAAGCCAAGGAAGUACGGGCAGCGGGUCUGCGAGCCCUCCGCUACCUAAUCAGAGACAGCACCAUCCUCCAUAAAGUUCUCCGCUUUCAGGUGGAUUACCUGAUUGCCAGGUGCAUUGACAUCCAGCAGAGCAAUGAGGUAGAGCGUACCCAGGCACUCAGACUGGUGAGAAAGAUGAUCACUGUGAAUGCCCAGCUGUUCCCCAGCUCCAUCACCAAUUCCCUCAUCGCUGUAGGCAACGAUGGCCUGCAGGAGCGUGACCGCAUGGUGCGCGCCUGCAUUGCCAUUAUCUGUGAACUUGCACUGAAAAACCCAGAAAUUGUGGCUCGGAGGGGUGGUCUCAAGACCAUCCUCAAAAAUGUGAUUGACUGUCAACUGAGCCGCAUCAACGAGGCUCUAAUGACCACCAUCCUGCACCUGCUCAAUCACCCCCAUACACGCCAGUAUGUGCGAUCCGACGUGGAGCUGGAGCAAAUCCUGGCCCCUUAUACAGACUUUCACUACAGACACAACCCUGACACAGCUGAGGGACAGCUCAAGGAGGACAGGGAGGCUCGGUUUCUGGCCAGUAAGAUGUCCAUUGUUGCUUCCUUACGCUCGUGGUCUGGCAUCAUUAACCUCUGCAAGUCAGGAAGUUCUGGCAUCCAGUCCCUCAUAGGCCUACUCUGUAUCCCCAAUAUGGAAGUAAGGAAAGGCCUGCUAGAGGUGCUAUAUGACAUAUUUCGUCUCCCCGUGCCUGUAGUAACACAAGACUUCAUUGAAGCUCUCAUUAGUGUUGACCCAAGUAGGUUUCAGGACAGUUGGAGGCUCUCAGAUGGUUUUGUGGCUUCAGAAGCAAAAAUGAUCCUCCCUCAUCGGGCGCGGUCAAGGCCUGACUUGAUGGAUAACUACCUUGCACUUGUGCUCUCUGCCUUUAUCCGUAGUGGACUUUUAGAGGGGCUGGUGGAAGUAGUCACUAGCAGUGAUGACAUUUCAGUACAAGCUACCAUCCUCCUAGGAGAACUCUUGCACAUGGCCAACACCAUCCUUCCUCACUCCCACAGCCACCAUCUGCACUGCCUGCCCACACUGAUGAACAUGGCGGCUUCCUUCGACAUCCCACAGGAGAAGCGUUUGCGCGCCAGUGCAGCGGUAAACUACCUGAAACGCUUCCAUGAGAAAAAGAAGCGAGGCCCCAAGCCCAGCAGCCUCUACCUGGACCACAUUGUCCGCAAGUCAGCCGCUGCUCACUACUGUCGGGAGCAGCACCUGCGGCCGCAGAAGGACAUCUAUGCGAUUAAGGACACUGAGGAGGCUUUGCUGAUGAACCUAAGAGACAGCCAUAUUCUUAAUCACAAACAGAACCUGGACUGGAACUGGAUCCUUAUCGGUACAAUAUUGAAGUGGCCAAAUGUCAGCCUCCGCAGCAACAAAGAUGAACAAAUGCACAAGUUUGUACGGAGGCUUUUGUUCUUCUACAAACCCAGUAGUAAACUGUAUGCCAGCCUGGAGCUGGAUCACAGCAAGGCCAAGCAGCUGACUGUGGUCGGCUGCCAGUUCAUUGAGUUCCUAUUGGAGUCAGAUGAGGAUGGCCAGGUGUACCUGGAGGACCUGGUGAAGGACGUUGUGCUGUGGCUGUCCUCAUCCUCUGGCCUGAAACCUGACCGCAGCCUACAGAGCAAUGGCCUCCUUAACACCCUCAGUCAGCACUACUUCCUCUUCUUGGGCACUCUUUCUGCCCACCCUAAUGGUGUUAAGUUGCUGGAGAAAUGUGGCGUCUUCCAGUGUUUGCUGAACAUGUGCUCCCUGAAGAAUCAGGAUCAUCUACUAAAGCUCACUGUGUCCACACUGGACUACAGCCGAGAUGGCCUAGCCCGAGUCAUCCUCUCAAAGAUCCUCACUGCUGGCACAGAUAACUGCAGGCUAUAUGCCACGAAGCACCUGCGCGUGCUUCUCCGUGCCAAUGUGGAGUUCUUCAGUAACUGGGGUAUUGAGUUGCUGGUCACUCAGCUCCAUGACCGGAACAAGGCCAUCUCCAUGGAGGCACUGGACAUACUGGAUGAGGCAUGUGAGGACAAGGCAAACCUCCAUGCGCUAAUACAGCUGAAGCCUGCACUAACUCACCUUGGGGACAAGGGUGUGCUCUUGCUUUUGCGGUUCUUGUCCAUUCCAAAGGGUUUCUCCUACCUCAACGAGAGGGGCUAUGUCACAAAGCAGCUGGAGAAAUGGCAGAAGGAAUAUAACACAAAAUAUGUGGACCUAAUAGAAGAGCAGUUAAAUGAAGCCCUCACAACUUAUCGCAAACCAGUAGAUGGGGACAACUAUGUACGGCGGAGCAACCAAAGGCUGCAAAGACCCAAUGUAUAUCUUCCUGUGCAUUUGUAUGGUCAGCUUGUGCAUGAUAAGACAGGCUGCCAUCUCCUAGAGGCUCAGAAUGUUGUACCAGACCUGAGCUAUAUAGUGCGCUCCCCAGUGCUGGACACAUGGGAAGGCAUUAAACAACUUAAAGCUGCUCUUUGGGCCUUGGGUAAUAUUGGCUCAUCAAACUGGGGUCUGAACCUGCUGCAAGAGGAGAACAUAAUUCCAGACAUUGUGGCUAUGGCCCACCACUGUGAAGUUCUGUCAAUUAGGGGGACGUGUCUGUACGUGCUGGGUCUAAUCUCUAAGACAAAGCAGGGCUGUGACCUGCUGAAGUUGCAGGGCUGGGAUGCUGUGAGGCACAGCCGCAGGCAGCAGUGGCCUGUUGUGCCGGACGAGGUGGAGCAACAACAGCAGCUACAUCAGCAGCAACAGCAGCAGCCCCCUCCUCCCCCGCCCACCCUUCUCUCAUCUGUCCCCAGCACACUUAGCCUGAACUCGGAGUCCACCAGUUCCAGACACAACAGUGAAAGUGACUCCACCCAGCCCAGCAUGUACAUCCUAGAUGAUGAGAAGUUGGAGGGCUCUGAGCUGUCCGAGGAGCAGCCACUCUACUUCAGGUCCAAACUGCUAAAGGACCGCAGUCCCUUCACCAUCCUGGCCUCCAGCCGCUUUGUCCGCAAUCGAUUCCUCAUUUCUCUCUCGGGCAAGAAGCUGCGGAGUACCAGUGACCCCAAAGGUGGUGGGAGCAGCAGCAAACUCCAUGGCGAGCCAAAGCUUGGUGGCCUACGUCGGAACCGCACCGUCACCGAGCCUUCUGUCUACUCCCCCGGCCAGGGCGAUGUGUUCAGCCCUGUCUUCACUGAUGGCCACCUGCCCAAAAGCCCCUCAGUUAGCCUGGAGACAUCUUUUGUCGACAGCAGGGCGAUAGAGCUUCAGGGAAGUACGCCCAGCAUAGGGGAGUGCGAGGUGCGCCUGCCACGGGUACCCGAGCGGGCCUCAGGGGUUGGUGACGGCCCUCGGGAGCAGACCAGCCGGGAAAGGUUGGCAGGCGACGGGUCUUCCUCCUCUGGUGGUGGGGGCCAGUUUAAAAGCCGCAGCCAGAGCUUUAACACGGACACCACGACUAGUGGCAUCAGCUCCAUGAGCUCUAGCCCAUCCAGAGAGACGGUGGGAGGCGUGGACUCAUCCACAGUCGACACAGACUGCGUCAGUCUCAACACGGUCGUCAGUGCCCAGACGAUCAAAACCCUCCACUCACUUACACCUCAGUCCAACCACCUGCCCCUCGCCAAAUCCAACUCUGUCCUGUUGGUCCCUCCGGGUUCCUCCCACACACUGCCCCGACGUGCACAGUCCCUCAGAUCCCCCUCAGUGACCACCAUCACCAGCCUGACGGACUGCAGCUUCAUGUACACCAGUCCUAGGGAUGCUCUGGGAUACGCAACACUCAAACGGCUUCAGCAACAGCGCAUCCACCCCUCCCUCUCCCACAGCGAGGCGCUGGCCUCCCCCGCCAAGGAUGUGCUCUUCACUGAUGCCAUCACAAUGAAAACUGGCAGCUUGGACUCCAGGCUCACACCUAGAAGGUUUCUGAAGGCUCUGAGCUUUGCGUCUCUGGAUAAGGAGGACCUACUGAGCCCUAUCAGCCAGACCACGCUACAACGCUCUUCGUCAGUACGCUCCAUGGUGUCUAGUGCCACCUUUGGCAGUUCCGAUGAUUACAUUGGCCUUGCUCUUCCAGUGGACAUCAACAACAUGUUCCAGAUAAAGGAUACUCCAUACUUCCAGAAGAGGACCAGCCCACCAUCAGAGGACAGAUCUGCCAAGUUCUUUUCUGGAGAUUCUGACGGUCCCAGCGAGGGUUCACGGCAUGCUGUCCUGAAGUCUCAGCUUAGCAUCACGGAGCUGAUGGCAGCCAGCCGAGCGGACCAGCAGCAACUGCUGGGCUCAGAGGAGACCGGCCUACAGGAGCACACAGAAGAGAACUGUCUCUACUGUGUGGGCUGCAAAGUGCUGGGCUGCAACACACACACACCCACACAGAGCCGCUCAGACUACACCGACACACCGUACUCUGAGUGGUGCAGCCAGCCCAUACACAACCACCUCGAGGUCAUGCCCCAGUCCAAGUUCUCAGGGGUGUCUGGCUGCAGUGAUGCCGUCUCCCAGGGCUCUGUUGGGAGCACCCGCAGCACUGAACUGGUUCUUGGGGUUAAGACCAUUCCAGAGGAUGCACCAGCCUGCAGAGUUCUGCUAAGGAAGGAAGUUCUUCGGCUCGUCGUCAACCUCAGCUCGUCAGUUGGAACCAAAAGCCAUGAGACCGGACUUCUAACGAUCAAGGAAAAGUUCCCAUAUGCUUUUGAUGACAUCUGCCUGUACUCUGAAGUUUCCCACUUGCUGGCCCACUGCAUGUUCAGACUGGCUUCUCGACGCUUCAUACAGGAACUGUUCCAAGAUGUUCAGUUUAUUCCGCUUUAUGAAGAGGCAGAGAGCAUCCUGUCAAUGCCAAAGUCUACCACUGUAGAUCCUCCACCAGAGUCCUGAUCUUCUAAACCUCUCUAGCCAGAGAUUGCUGUUCUCCACCUCUUCUGCAUCUGAACUCCCCAUUAAUUCCUCACCAAGAAGAUAGAGGCAAUACGAGGUAACACAGGGAGGUGGAACAGGCGUAGGUGGAGAACAAAGACUGGAAGGAGAGAUGGUCCGUGGAGGCUGUUGCUGAAAGUGUGUAUAAAAACAAAUCGGUACAGCAUAUUAAAAGUACAGUAUCGACAAACUUCCUGCCUGAACAAAAUGUCUGAACUCAAGACGGAAAUCUCUUUAAAAUACUGCAGUCUGUGUUGUAACCAAAAUGUCUUUCAACUGACCUUUUAUGAACAUAAAAGAACUGACAAAACAUGUACAAAAAAAACUUUAAAAGAUGAACUAAAUGAAAAAAGCUACCCAAAUGGCAGUUGAAAGAAAACUAAAUCAACAGAACGCUGUAAAAGAUGCUGAUUCUUUUUUUUUUUUUUUUUUUUUUUUUUUUUUUUUUUUUAACAUUUUCCCCCCUACAUUUGUGGCCUUAGGGCAAAAAUAUUCAGUUAGAGAAUGAAAUAACAAAAGCAUGAUUUCAAAUUCUUCCCUCAAUGGAUACUUCACUUUUGGUUUUAACACUACAAGAGUCUGGUGGUUUUUAUAUGUCACUGACUCCCUCCAUGUAUAUAAAGAAAUAAGCGUUGAGCCUGUAAUUGAAUUAUUCAUCAAACUAAGCAUCAGUUCUAAUCUCAUGCCCCCAUCUAAGACAAUCAUUAAUUAGUUAUCCAACUGACUGGCUGGCAAUAUUUUCUUCGCAGAACGUAAUGUUCUAAACAGCGUCCUUUGUAUAUUUAAAGUUUUUUGUUUUGUUUUUUUUUCCAGAUAAAAAGUAGAAGUACAAACUAUUUCAAUAUGGAUUUAAAUAUGUAGUCUUUAAAGCCACAAUCGGGAUGUUUCUAACUUCACAGUAACUACCGAAAUUGGUCUACAGUACAUAAAACCAGGCUAAGAAUAAGUAGAUUUUAGUCCUUAGAUCAUUUUUGAUUGAAGCUUUAAUACAACCAAGCCCACAAUCCCCUUCACCCUCCUACACCCUAUGUGUGUCUAUAUCUUAACUAUCUGUGUCUGCCUAACUUUACAGGGAGAGGGAGAGAGAGCUAGUAAAAAGUGUAGUGUAGUACACAAGGUUUCCAGUGAAAAAGGACACCAUGCAUUCUGAUUGUGUACCUUUAGGACAUGCUUCAGCUGUGCAUGCAAAGUAAUAGAAAAAUAUCCUGUCCAAAACAUCUUGUUUCUCUCAAAAAACUGAAGUGUGAUGCACAAGGUCAUUACAUCACUGCAAUUAUUCCUUGGAAUCGUGUGUGUGUGUGUGUGUGUGUGUGUGCGUGUGUGCGUGCGUGCGUG